GUUCACUGUCAUGUGUAAACAUCGAGUGUAGCGUGGUAUAGAGCCCUUAUAAGUUCCUGUGUUUACAAACACUAGACAACCACGACCGCAGCUGCGUAGCACUAUAUUUUUGUUGUGAACAAUGUUAGUGAUGUAUAGAUAUCUUAUUGGUCUAUAGGAGAAAACCAUCUCUUCUUCGUAGUGUAACAGAAGUGGUGUUCGAAAUAUUGCGUCCUUCUGAGACAUGGCAAGUAGCAGAUUAGAAAAAGUUGGAACCAUAUAUUCAAGGGUUACCGGUCUUCUGAAGUCUGGUGCCAUGAAGAAUGAAGAUAGACCAAUUUGGUACGAUGUGUACAAAUCCUUUCCACCGAAGUACGAGCCAACCUUCUCCAGACCUGCUCCAAAUGUACCCAUAAGGAAUAUCUUUUACCCCGAGGAUAAUUUGCGAGCACGGUUCCACAAGGAAUAUUCCAAUCUCAUGACAACAGUUAACAUCGCUGAUGAGAGCAGAAGUUCAGUGACACAGAAGUUUCUGUCAUUGUAUAAAAAACUAGAAGAGGAAGGAAAUACUGCUGAAGAGGAUUUGUUUUUGUCAGCUGUUGAGUUGCUGGAAGCUGAGAGAGAAAGCAGAGUGAAGCAAGAAGAGAAGAAUUUUGGAGAAGAUCAUGGAGAGGAAAAAAGUGAUUUGGUUUCAUCAUUCAAAGCAGCUCAGAGAGAAAUGGAUAGAAGUGGCAGUGAAAAAUUAAUACUUUCUGAAAUUUUGAAAGAAUAGUGUUUAUUGCCAUGUAAUGUACAAACCUGUUGUAAAAAUGACUAGAAUAAAAUGUAGUGUUAAGAUGUUUUAUUGGUAUUAUUGCUUGAAAACUCUGACUCAUUGAAAUAUGCCCGUUAUGUUGAAUGAACAUUACAAUGAACAAUAUUCACAUGGAACAGUAACGAAGACUGGCUAUAUUUACUUGUGAAGCUCCUUGGGGUUGAUUGAUGGAUACUUUGUGAAGGAUUUGUUUACACAUGUUUAUUAGCAAACAACAACCAUGAAGGAACCAUCAGAAUAUUUUAAAUUCUGCUGCAAUCCUUUACAAAUAAUGAGGAUGUUAUAAGUCAUCAAUAUCAGUGGUUCUCAUUGCAGUUUUAUUUAUUAUUGUGUCUUGUAAAAUCCAGUUCCAAACUUUAAUCUGACACUUGCAAACAAAAAUGUGGGCUUUGGAUGUGAUCAUUUCACAUUUUUUGCGAAGAGGGGUGGGUUAUAGUUUUAUCGUUUGUAAUUGUUCCUUAUUUGGGAUUGUUUGCAUGGAAACUUACUAUUCCCACGCAUGUUGGUAAUAUUGAAUUGUGUUCGAGUUGGACUAUCUCUGUUUGGAUGCUUUAGUUACAUCUGGUUUAAGGCCAAAUGCCUUGUGUGUGGGUAGUAAAUUCACACACCUUGUGCUUUCAGUCAAGCAUCUUUUACAUAAGUGAUUUCUAAAAAGUAAAUAAUUUGGAAAUAGAGGAGUUGAUUCACCAAACAGUAGAAGUGUUGGGCCGUUGACAGGCACACGCAAAAGAGUGAAAACUUGCUAGCUACGGAAAAAUUAUUUCACAGGGUAAAUUACACACAAACACACUGCAUCAUCCCUGUAUGUAUCUGUAUAGUCUCAGAUUUGAGUUCCUUGAUUUCCCAUUGUUUUAACUUUUUGCACUUGAAAUUUCUUGCAUAUCAUUGUAGCGGAGCAGGUUGGUUGAUGCUGCAGACUUGUUUAAUGCUGGAAUUGAACUACUUGAAGAUGUGGAAAUUUUAUCAAUAAAUACAAAGAGUUUCUUCUGGAA